UUGAUCAAGCAGUUCACUAUAUUUCAAUAAUUCCCCAAAUGCUAUAGAAAUGGUGGACAACAUAUCGCUGAAUGUGAGUGCCAAGGCAUCGGCCGGUAAGACCCCACAAAAGAAAACUGCGCGGCAGCCCGUGGCAGGCAAACGCGCUCCGGCGUCCAGCAAUUUCGAUUUCCAGUUCAAUGCGGAUGAGAAGCCCAAGGUAAAGGCCAUAGUAGUGCGGCGACGGGUCCCCACCAGGGUCCAGGCAAAGCCUACUCCUCCUGCUGCUGCUACUGCUCCCGCUGCCGCUCCUCCUACCCAUGCUUCCUCGCUCUCUGGGGAUCUCAUGUUCAAUGCGACCACAUCCCAGCCAGCUCCCAGCCUGGGCCAUGAUCUUAUGCUCAAUGUAAACGCAGCGCCAGCAAAGACUGGUCCAGUGGCCAAGACCAAGCCCAAGACCACGAGGGCCGAGCGCAUGGGCAGCAAGAAACGCAGCAAUCCUGUGUCCAAGCUGAGCGACGAGCAACUCAAGCGCGCCCUGAAGGCGCGCAAGGGCCAGCCGGAGAACCCCAACAAACUGCCACGUGCUGGCGACAUCUUCAAGGCGCGGAUCGAGGAGGAACGAAAGAAGAAUAUCGCUGAGAAUGCAGUAGCAGAAGAGCCCGAAAAACAGGAAAAGCAGUCGGAACAGAAGCAGGAGCCAAACGAAUCAAAGACGUCCACUGGCCCAUCGAUGAAUCGCUUUCGCACAAAGAAAAUCGGACUCUUCGAUCAGAGCGAUGUGGAGGCCCUCAAGCAGCUGGGCCAGCGGACGGUGAAGCCCGUCAGGGAGACGAUAUUCGCUGGCAGUAAAGUCGCGAGUCUCGGGCUGCAUGCGCAUGCGGUGAAGAAUCUUGAGGACCUGCUUAGCAUAACAGAGCUGACGACAGUGCAGCAGAAGACCAUACCGCACGUACUGAGCGGCAAGGAUGUGCUCGUGCGCUCCCAGACGGGCUCCGGCAAGACUCUGGCCUACGCCCUGCCGCUGGUGGAGAAGCUCCAGGGCCAGGUGCCGCAUAUCAAGCGCACCGACGGCGUCGUGGCCCUGAUCAUCGUGCCCACCCGCGAGCUGGUCGUGCAGACGUACGAGCUCUUCCAGAAGCUGGUCAAGCCCUACACAUGGAUCGUACCGGGAUCCCUGCUGGGUGGGGAGAGUCGCAAGAGCGAGAAGGCGCGCCUGCGGAAGGGAAUCAAUGUGCUGGUGGGGACGCCGGGCCGCCUGGUCGACCAUCUGCUGCACACGGCCUCCUUCAAGCUGUUUCGCCUCCAAUUCCUGGUGCUGGACGAGGCCGAUCGCCUGCUGGAGCUCGGAUACGAGCGGGACGUCAAGCAGCUGGUGGAGGCCAUUGACAAGCACCGGUUGGAGGCCCAGGGGCAGGACGAGAAGUUGCCGCAGCUGCAGCGCCUGCUGCUGAGCGCAACGCUCACCGCCCAGGUCCAGGAGCUGGCCGGGCUCGCCCUCAGCGAUCCCCUCUACAUCGACAACAGCGACGAGGCGGCCAGUGCAGCGCUCAAGAGCAAGGAGGGCUACCAGAAGGACUCGAUCGAGGCCCAGCUGGAGCCGGACGAUGGCCUGGGUGAGUAUCAGGAGGACGUAACGGGCGUGCUCAGCAUCCCAGAGAAUCUGCACCUGAGCUACAUCGUGGUGCCGGCCAAGCUCCGACUGGUGGCCCUCUCCUCGCUGCUGGCCAAGGAACUGGCCGCCAGCCCCAAGCAGUUCAAGGCCAUCAUCUUUAUGAGCACCACGGAAAUGGUGAACUUCCAUCACGACAUGCUCAACGAGGCCCUCACCCGGCGCGUGCUCGACGAGGACGACGAGCAGGUCAAGGACAAUGACGAGGACUCUGACGAGCAGGACACCAGCACACCGCUACUCCAGGGACUGCGCUUCUUCAAACUGCACGGCUCCAUGACCCAGACGGAGCGUCAGGGCGUCUUUCGGGGAUUCAGGGACUGCGCCAGCUGUGUGCUACUGGCCACCGAUGUGGUGGGCCGUGGCAUCGAUGUGCCCGACAUUAAGCUUGUGAUCCAGUAUACGCCGCCCCAGACCACGGCGGACUUUGUGCAUCGUGUGGGACGGACGGCGCGUGCGGGCCGCAAGGGCAGGGCCGUGCUCUUCCUGGCCCCCAGCGAAUCGCAGUUUGUGCGGCACCUGGAGAACAAACGCAUCCGGAUCCAGCAGGGCGACAUGUACGCCUAUCUGCAGACCCUGCUGCCGCUCGACGACGAGGCGCGAACCGUUCAGGAGGCGGCGUCCAAUCUCCAGCACAAAUUCCAAACGCUCCUCGAGGAUGAUCGCGAGCUGCACGACAAGUCCUGCAAAGCCUUUGUGUCCUGGAUGAAGUUCUAUUCGACAUUUCCCAAAGAGCUGAAGCCCAUCUUCAACGUACGCAUCGCCCACAUGGGACACUUCGCCAAGAGCUUUGCCCUCAAGGAGGCCCCCACAAAGUUCGCAGGCAAACAUGCCGCCCCCAAGGCCCCCCCACCCACCAAUCGAUUGACCUACACGGAGCGCGAUCCCGAAAAGAUGCAGCAGGAGAAGCGCAGCAAGCGACGCGUCUACACGACCACAGUCAGCGGGGAAGUGCGUCAGAUGCAGCCAAAGGACAUCCAGAGCAAGGAACAGAAGAAGGCAGGAGCGGCAGGAGGACCACCCCCAGCAGGAGGCGCCGUUGGUCGGAGUAGCUUCAUGAAGAGCCUGAACAAGUCGCGGGUCCUCAACAUAUCCGAGUUUGACAGCGGCCUCCCAUCGGCGGGGCCGGCCAAGCGACUCAAGCAGGCGUAGUCCGUGCAGGAGUCCGUCAUCCGGAGACCGAGAGGAGUCCGGGAGGACAUCGCAGAAGAGCUCUCUCCGGCCACUUUGCGACUCUUUAUGCGCGCCAUUUUGUUCCGGCCGCCUGUCCGCCUGUCUGCCUGUCCGCCGUGUGCCUGCUCAAGCAUUUAAUCGAAAAGAAUAUUGCUCGGCCGGCCAAGAUAAGAAAUACAACAAAAAUAAGUUUAUGUAUAAGGAAAACUCUAGGAAAAAAAAACCAAACGAGAUGCGCUCAUAAAAGUUUCAUUUUUCUCAACUUUUAAGCCCGGACGUCCUGUGGGAAAAGUUGUGUGAAGCCCGGAGAGCAGCCAGCAUAUUUUAAGCCCAGCUCUCCAUGCCUCUCUUUGCACCCUUGCAGAGAGUAUUUCAGUUUUGUUAGCAGCGAACAGAAGCUAGGAUCCUCAACCCAAUAGAGUGCUAUAUAUAUGUAUAUAAAUCUAUACAGGGUUGUCUGUGCCUGUGCCCAACUAAUUGCUACUUUAUUUUAAAUUAAUAAGAACAGAAAAGAUCGGACCUAGAUCGGGUUUUCGGCCUGAAGGACCCCAAGAACUUCUCGAACCCAAAAGUGUUCUCGCUUCGAAGCCAUUCAACCUUCCACUGAGAAUCCAAUGUAUACCGAUAGGCACAUGUUUAGGCUUAAACAAAAUCAAUAUCAUAUAGUUGAAAAGGGACCACCGAUCUGCGAGAGUAUCAAACACUUCGGCCCUUCUUCCUUUCAUAUUUUAUGAUUACUUUUCCCUCUUUAAAUUGAUGUAUAUAUUUUU